CUUGAAAAUUCCACAGAAAGCCCUUGAAAGUGGUACGUAGCCCUUUUCUUUUAUAAGCGCGGUCUUGUGGAGAGUUCCAGAACCCAAGAAUUAAAUCUCUCUUCCUUUCCAUCGCUCUUGCUCUUCGGAUCGCUCUGAAGGUUCUUCCAUUUUUUUGACAGGCCGAUUGUUUUUGACAUAUCGGUUCAAUCUCUUGCAAGAUGAGCGUUGUUGGUUUUGAUUUUGGUAACGAGAGCUGCAUUGUAGCUGUUGCAAGGCAGCGAGGUAUUGAUGUUGUUCUCAAUGAUGAAUCCAAGCGGGAAACUCCAGCUAUUGUCAGCUUUGGUGACAAGCAGCGAUUUAUUGGGACAGCUGGUGCAGCGUCAAUUAUGAUGAACAUCAAGAAUUCGAUCUCUCAGAUUAAGAGAUUGAUUGGCCGUAAAUUCUCUGAACCAAGCUUGCAAAAGGAUAUUCAGUCAUUGCCGUUUUCUGUAACCGAGGGGCCUGAUGGCUUUCCUUUAGUUCAUGUCCGUUACCUGGGUGAGGUAAAAACUUUUACGCCAACCCAGGUGUUGGGUAUGCUAUUUUCAAAUCUGAAAGGCAUCGCGGAGAAAAAUCUUAAUGCCGCGGUGGUUGAUUGCUGCAUUGGAAUCCCGGUUUAUUUCACUGAUCUUCAGAGAAGAGCUGUAUUAGAUGCAGCUACAAUUGCAGGGUUGCAUCCCCUUCGCUUGAUGCAUGAAACUACUGCAACAGCCUUGGCUUAUGGUAUAUAUAAAACUGAUUUGCCUGAAAAUGAUCAGUUGAACGUGGCAUUUGUUGAUAUUGGACAUGCAAGCAUGCAAGUGUGCAUUGCUGGCUUUAAGAAGGGUCAGUUGAAAGUGUUGGCCCAUUCAUCUGAUCAGUCCCUUGGUGGCAGAGACUUUGAUGAGGUAUUAUUUCAUCACUUUGCAGAAAAGUUCAAAGGCGAGUACAAAAUAGAUGUUUAUCAGAAUGCAAGGGCUUGUCUAAGGCUCCGCACUGCUUGUGAGAAGCUUAAGAAAGUCCUUAGUGCAAACCCUGUCGCACCUUUAAACAUAGAAUGUUUGAUGGAUGAGAAAGAUGUGAGGGGAAUCAUUAAACGGGAAGAAUUCGAACAAAUAAGUAUUCCAAUAUUAGAACGUGUGAAAGGACCUUUGGAGCAAGCACUUGCAGAAGCUGGUCUUACCGUUGAUAAUGUCCACAUUGUUGAAGUUGUUGGUUCAGGUUCUCGUGUCCCAGCUGUAAUAAAAAUAUUGACCGAGUUCUUCAAGAAGGAGCCUAGGCGUACUAUGAAUGCAAGCGAGUGUGUUGCUAGAGGUUGUGCCCUUCAGUGUGCUAUCCUCAGUCCCACAUUCAAAGUGCGAGAAUUUCAGGUAAACGAGAACUUUCCAUUUUCCAUAGCUCUCUCGUGGAAGGGUGCUGCUUCAGAUCCUCAAAAUGGAGCAGUGGACAAUCAGCAGAGCACUGUUGUUUUUCCCAAGGGGAAUCCCAUACCCAGUGUCAAGGCUCUUACAUUUUAUAGGUCCGGCACAUUUAGUGUUGAUGUACAUUAUACUGAUUGUGAUCAGCAAGCGAAGAUCAGUACCUACACGAUUGGUCCUUUUCAAUCUUCAAAAGGUGGAAGGGCAAAGGUGAAGGUGAAGGUUCGACUUAAUUUGCACGGAAUUGUUUCUGUUGAAUCAGCCACACUAUUAGAGGAGGAGGAAGUAGAGGUUCCAGUCACCAGAGAUCAGUCAGCUAAAAUGGAGACUGAUGAAGCUUCAUCUGAUGCCCUUCCCAGUUCUAACGAGAACGAUGUUAACAUGCAAGAUGCCAAGGGAAGCACAGAUGCUGGAGCUGAGAACGGUGGUGCUGAGUUAGGAGACCAAUCUGCCCAGAUGGAGACGGAUGCCAAGGUUGAAGCACCAAAGAAGAAGGUUAAGAAAACCAAUAUCCCCGUGGUAGAAUUGGUUUAUGGUGGAUUGGCAUCAGCUGAUGUACAAAAGGCAGUGGAAAAGGAGUUUGAAAUGGCUUUACAGGAUCGGGUUAUGGAGGAAACCAAAGAGAAGAAAAAUGCUGUCGAGGCAUAUGUAUAUGAAAUGAGAAACAAGCUGCAUGAUAAAUACCAGGAGUUCGUCACUGAUUCACAGAGAGAAGAGCUUUCUGCCAAACUUCAGGAGGUUGAAGAUUGGCUUUAUGAAGACGGAGAGGAUGAAACGAAGGGAGUCUACAUAGCUAAGCUUGAGGAGUUGAAGAAGCAAGGUAACCCAAUAGAGGAGCGUUUCAAGGAGUACACGGAGAGAGGAACUGUGAUUGAUCAACUUGCUUACUGCAUCAACAGUUACAGGGAAGCAGCAAUGUCAGCUGAUCCUAAAUUUGACCACAUCGACAUUUCUGAAAAACAGAAGGUCUUGAAUGAGUGUGUGGAAGCUGAGGCCUGGUUAAGAGAGAAAAAGCAGCACCAGGACUCUCUACCCAAACAUUCUACUCCAGUCCUCUAUUCUGCUGAUGUGAGAAAGAAAGCUGAAGCGCUUGACAGGUUUUGCAGACCGAUAAUGACGAAACCCAAGCCAGCUGCGCCUGAGACACCUCCACCAGCUCCUCAAGGCAGUGAGCAGCAAGGAGGGGAUGCCAGUGCAACUUCUAAUGCUGGCGCAAGUCCGAACCGGAAGGGAGCUGAUGAAACUGAGGUGUCCUCAGCUUCUACAGAGCCAAUGGACACGGAAAAACCAGAACCUUCGAGCGCUGCUUAAUCUAGUCGAAUGCUUGCCUUUGUUAUUUAUGACGAACUACUAUCGAGCCAAACAAAAAAAAAUAUUGAAACUUGGUGAGCUGAUGAAUGAUGGUGGGUGGAAAGCUGGCUUGUAUUUGACUUGUGGAAUCAGUUGUGAAGCGUUUUGUAUUUGGUUGUUUUUGCUAGGGCUUUCUUUUCUUGGUGGAGCGAGUCUUUUUCAGCAAUCCGUUCUUUUAAGAGGAAAAUUUUCAGAGAAAUGUUAGUGGUUUAUUAAUGGCCUCUCGUUGCCGAGGCUCAUACUCAUCUUUUCUGCAUUUACGGCUAUUCUCUAUACUAUUUUGAACUCCAAAAAGAAUCAUUAAAUGGAUCAUUUUUGCCCAUUUUCUUU